AUGUGCGGCAGUGACAUCUUCCUCGGCCUCAUUGCGAUCCUCUUCCCUCCGCUGGCCGUUUGGGUCAAGAGGGGCAUCUGCAGCGCCGACUCCCUCAUUAAUAUCGCCCUUUGCUGUAUGUAUCAUCUGGGACCGACAAUCCUGGGCAUAUGCUGAGUACUCUUAAUAGGUCUGGGCUUCCUCCCGGGACUCCUUCACGCAUGGUACAUCAUCGCUGUAACGCCCGACCCAACCUACGAUGCCCUCCCACAGCAGGAUCCCGAACGCGGCCAAGUCACCUAUUACUACGUCCAAACCGGACAGCCACAAUAUGACGCACCGCCGCAAAGAGGAUAUGGAACCGCCAAUAGCACCCCGAACGCGCAGUUCCCUUCGCAACAGCAGCAAGGUGUCGUGCAACCUCCGCUGCAGCCGUCAGCUUCAUCAGCAACACACACCCGACCAUUGCCGGGAGGAAGCGAAGAGGUGCCGCCUUCAUACCAGCAGGCAGUCGCCGGCGAUCACAAGAUCCAGCACGAUUAG